UUCCUUGUUCUUUAACAGAUGAUGAGAUAAAAAGUUGUAUAUAAGAGACGUUGCUUCUCUGGUUCAGUACCCCAACACAGGAAAGUUGAAGCUCCACCGAGAAGAAGAAGAAGAAGAAGAGAAGGCUCAUCUCAUCAACUUCACAAUGAAGAUCCUGGCUGUGUCUGCUCUCCUCUGUGCCAUGAUGGCUCUGACUACUGCUGCUGCUGUUCCAGAGGAAGAACCUGAAGUUGAAGAAGCAGAAGGACUUCAAGUUGUGAAGAGGUCAAGCCUUCAGGGUUGGUCUCAGAUCGGCAACCGCUAUUUCCGCUACGUCACCAGAUCCAUGACUUGGGCUGAAGCUGAGAGACACUGCAUCUCUCUGGGUGGACAUCUGGCAUCUGUUCAUUCAUUCUCGGAGUACAACCAGAUCAGAGCCCAGAUAACACCCAGUCAUGAUCCAAAGGCAUGGCUUGGAGGCACUGAUAUUCAAAUGGAGGGAGUUUGGCGCUGGAGCGAUGGUUCCAAUUUGUACUUCAGUUUCUGGUGCUCAGGAGAGCCAAACAAUGGAGGAAAUCAGGACUGUCUGCAAAUGAGUUUCAGCGAGCAUAAGUGCUGGGAUGAUCUUCAGUGUGACCACCGUCUUCCCUCCGUCUGCUCCAGGAACAAGUAAAUCCUGGUCUGACCCUGAGACAUGAAGAGGCUGUGAAACACA